AUGAAAGAGGGAGGCUUAUCUCCCUCCUCCUCCACCUCCUCUCUCGCUCUCGCUCUCGCUCUCGCUCUCUUCCCUUCGUCUUCUUUUCUUCUGUACAAUGGCGAGAGGAACGGACAAACUGGUUCGAUUUGUGAAGUUCAAGGCGGACAUCUACACGAAGAUAUUCAAGGCCAAGUAUGCUACUCCCCUGCUGGACCUGCUGGGACUUCCCUUCCGCCUCGUCGUCUCCCCUUUCACCCUCGCCUUCGACAUCGCCGGCUCAGCCCCUCGUGGCUUCGGCAUCCCGGAGUUCGUGUCCCGUCUCUCCUUCUCCGCCAUCUUCGCUAUUGCGACAUUUGGUGCCUAUGACAUUGCUCUAGAAUUGGGGAAGAAGGUGUUAUGUCAGAGGAACUGUCGAACAUGCAAUGGAUGGAACGCCUUGCAAUGCACAAUGUGCAAAGGCACCGGAAGGGUCCAAUAUCAAGUGAAAAACUAUUCUUUGAAAAGUGGGCAGAAACCAACAGCUGAUUCUAUUGCAGAAGCUGUUGCAGAUAAUAGGGCAGAAUUAGUUCAUCUUCCUUCUUCUCUGGAGCUGCCGCUUGCAUUGCCUACCAAAGACUGCCCAACUUGCACUGGAUCAGGAGUUAUGGGAUGUCCCGAGUGCCAAAACCGUUUACAAGUCAGAAUAUCUGCAGAUGAUAUCAUGGAGCCGCCUUGGAAAGCAUACAACAUCAUGAAGAAGAUGGAAUUCCCUUAUGAGAAUAUCAUCAAUAGCAUGAGAAAUCCGAAGUUUGCUGAAUUCUGGUUGAUAUCCAUGCCCGAGAUUGUUGGUGGCUUUACCUAUGAUGAUGAUGUGAAGAAGAAAAUAUGGUGGGAAUAUAAGGAGUCUAUGCGGUACGAUCAACUGCGCGAUAUUGUAGCUAUGAGAAAACCUGGUUGGGAGUAUGUUCAAGAUGCACUUAUUUCUAUAGAUCCAGCACGUGCUAGGGAUGAUCCUGUUAUUGUGAAAAACAUCCCUUAUUACAAAGCCAAGAAGGCUCUGGAGGUUGAAGUCAUGAAGCUGGAUGCUCCACCUCGGCCACACAACUGGGGUGAUUUGAAGCUUCCCUUGGAUGGUGCUUCUUGGGCUGAGGAAGACCUUAAAGAUCCCAAGAAACUUUUUGAAAUGACCACUCUUCUCAAUGCACAGAGAGAAAUGGCUGAUAAAAUCUUGGAUGCACAAUGGGAAACGAAAUGGCGGCAAGACAAGUUAAGUGAGCUUUUGGAAGAAAAGGUUCGACCAUUCAUAGAGAAAGGAGAAGGCAUCCUGCCAAAGCCAAUAAUUGUUGAUUCUCAAGUUAAAAAGCUGCAGAGAGAGAAAAGGCGGAAAAGAUGGUGGUUCUUUUGAGUCAAGCUACGCAUGUAACGUUAUGUUGUUUCUAGAUGUGAGGGACUCUGGCCAUAUUACUCGAGGUUCAGUGGUGGAAUUGCUACAAAAUUUUGUCAUUGGGAUUA